AUGGCGGUGCAGGACGUCCGGAACCGGCUUCAGGCCCAAGCUACCGCGCUCAAGCAGUAUACUCAAGAAUUUCUCACGAUGUGCACGGUGAUCCGGGAGGCUGAGUGUGCCGCCCUGGCUCAGGAGCGCGAUCGCCUAGCCAAGAAACUGGCCGACCAGGAGGAGAGCCACAAGGCGGCCCUGAAGGCAGUGCAGGACAGCGAGGCCGCCCUCAACACCGAAUAUGGGACCGAGGCGGCGAACUGGGCUGAGGCAAGGCAGGCGCUGGGUCAAGGCUACAGCCGGCUGGAAGACUUAAUCGACGAUUACUUUCCCGGCUACUCUGCUCCCGCCUCCCAAGCCAUCGAGGCCUACCACGACGCGCGAUGGCAGGCAGGGGCCAAGAUCGCACCGGGUGCCGGCCGAUCACUUGAGGAGCAUCUUCUGGCGCUUCAAGCCCGCCUGCAGCCGGCCCACCGCAUGCUCCGCCGUCUUCAGCACACCGGGGCGCAAGUGCUGGCCGCCCUCUGGCCCGACGAGGUGGUUCCCCGCACCCCAAGUCGGACUACCGACUGGCUGCAGGUCGUAGUUGGCCACUUCGAGGCUUGGAAGGCGUCAGCGGCCCGAUCCGGCGCUGGAGUUUGUUCGAGCUUGGUAUCCUGGGCUGAACUUGGACCAGCUGAGCACCUGGCGGUAGGAGGCCGACAAGGAGCUGGAGGCGGUGCGGCCGGCUAUCGUCCAGUGCGCCUCGGCGAUCGUCGAGUACACCGACACCAGCACCUUUGCCCCUGAUGUGGAUGAUGCCGGUGUCGCUCAGCCGGAAGAGUGGUUCGGGCUGAACCCGACAGAAGGUGAGGACUCGGCGGAGGAGAUUGCUUCCAGCGAUGAGGGCGAAGGGGAAGAGGGAGAGGAUGGUGAAGACGCUGUGCCAGACAGCGAAGCAAUCAGCCCGCAUCAGCUUGAUCGUGCCUCUAGCAAUGAGGCGCGUGCAAGCACGCCGCCUGCAAGAGGUGAUGAUCAUGCCGAGACUCGCCAGCCGGCCACUCCUCCAGCCGGCACUACCGUCUCCACCGA